AGCCUGUGUUCUGCAGUCCACCCCUUCCUCGGGCUCCCUCCCGCCCCAAGAUUAGCCUCUCUACUGGGCAGCGCCUUGACCAUGAACCUUCUGCAAGAUUGGUGCAAGGAGCUGGAAGUGGAGGUUCACAGGGCCCUGCUGAUCACCGGCAUCCCUGAGCGCCUGCAGCAGGCGGACAUCGAAGCCACUCUGAGGCCGAACUUGCAACCCCUGGGCAACUACAGGCUUCGGACUGUGAGAGCAGUGACCAAGGAAAAGGCUCAGGCCGCCUUGGUGGAGUUUGGGGCAGAUAUCGAUCACUCUGCCAUCCCCAUCCAUAUCCGGGGAGAUAAUGGUACCUGGAAGAUCCUGAGUAAGGACCGCGGGCAAGAUGCGCGGGUCCUUAGGCAGAUGAGGCGCCUGUUGCUCGAUGAACGGCCCAUGGAUGACUUCAGAGAAAUAGCUAUCCCUCUGGUAUUGGAGGCCCAAGCCCAGGCCAAGGGGUUGGGGAAGGAGGCCAAGAAGGCUGCUUCCUCCGAAGGGGCAGCCAGGAACGGCCGUCGGGGCCGUCGGGGAGGCAAGCGCAGAUCUAGAACCCACACGUUUACGGCUCAGAAGGGCAAGAAGAGGGGCCGGAGAGGGCGCCGAGCCAGGAGUGAGUCCGAAGACUCAUCUGAUGACAGCCUGGGCAUUGUCAUAGAGGAGAUCUAUGCAGAGGACCUGAGCGUAGACGAGGACCAGAGGGCCCUGUAUGCCACGCUGCAAGCAGCCGCCAAAGAGCUCACCAAGAAGUGGGCCUUCCGGGGAGACCAGGACGAAGGAGAUGGCCCCCGAGAGUUUUUGGCACUUGUCACUGUCACCGACAAAGCUAAGAAGGAAGCGAUCGAGAAAGACCUUCCUGGGACAGAGUCCAUCUGCCUAAACAUCAAAGACGAAAAGAGUGGAGUCCCGGAUUUAGUUGCGCUCCUGGCUGUAAGAGAUACCCCGGUUGUGGAUGUAGAUAGCGAGGGGGAGGAGGAAGAUGAAGAUGAAGAAGACGAAGAAGAGGAAGAAGAUGAUGACGACGACGAUGAUGAUGAUUCCGACGGCGAGUCCCUGGAAAAUGGAGAGCGAGGAAAAGAAGGGGUAGACAACCCCGAGUUUGUGGCUAUCGUGGCUUAUACCGACCCCGCUGACCCCUCUGCCAGAGAGGAAAUGCUAAAAAUCGCUUCUGUGAUCGAGACCCUAGGCUGGGGCGAUAAGAAAGACAAAAAAGAUGUCCUUCCUCAAGUCCUGUCCGUCAUGUCCAAGGACACCUCCGGGCCCAGAGUGAAGGUAGAGGAAGCAGGCCGCCAGGUGGACGCCAUGGUCCUGAGGAAGGCGGAGGAAGAUGGGAAUCUUCUGGAAUGUAUUUCUACCUUGGCCGAAGCAGAGAACUGCCCUAAGGGAAAGAAGUCUGGUCUUGGUCUCCUCAGAGGCUGGACCGCUGAGGGCCACCAGGGUGGCCUCUUGGAGCUGGUGGCACUCCUGGCUGCGCAGGAUAUGGUGGAAGCUGUGAAGGAGGAAGAAGCCAGCAGGUGGGGCGGUGGUGGCGGUGGUGGCAGGAAGUGUGAUCACAGCCAAAGUGGCUUAUCCGAUGUCCUGGCUUUCCUGGCCUCUCAGGAGAAUCUAGAAUCCAACGAGGAAUCGGACGAGGAUUCAGACACAGAAUCAGAGGGAGAUUCCGACGAAACUGACAGUUCUGAAGAGUCAGAACCUGGUGACAGCGUAUCCAAGAAGCCUCGCGCCAAGAGAGCGCGUACCGGCUCCAAAAGCCUGGCUCCUGCUGGCGCCACCGCGGUCUCCACCGCAUCCAGGGCACGUAAAACCCGCAGGGGUGGCCGAGGUCGUGGUCGGGGCGUCACUCCAGAGAAGAAAGCCGGGAGCGGGGCUGCACCCGAAGACCACGUGGGGAACAAGAAGAAGAAGGGGUCUGCAGGCGCCGGGGCCCGUGCCAGGGCUGGCGAAGCCAAGGGACAGCCAGCUGCUGUUCCCAAGUCUACACGCGGGAAGAAAGCUCGUCGGGGCCCAAGGCGGGCACCCAAAUGCCGUUAGUGCCACAGAUAACCACUACGAGCCCUGUCUCUUCUGUGUGGACCCCCUUCCCCUCCUACUAUUCUCUCUCCUCCCUGCUUCCCCCUCUCGCUUAACCGCGUGCAUUUGCUUUGUGUUCUGCUGCGUCCCUGGCUGGUUAUGACCGGUGCCCAGCCUUCCCUCUUAGUUCCAUGAACAGAUGGUGUGAACGAUCGUGAUGGCCGAAGCCUUGAUACGACAAAGAAAAAAGAGACAAGACACUUGGAUGCAGUGGCCAGUGGGUGCAGAGGAGAUGCAGUCCUGGAAGACUCUGGAGGGGCUCUGCUCUACAUUCGGAGCCCCAGCGUGAGUGUGUGUGGGUGCCUGGCUCCCCUACCUGCCCAUUCUUCCAGGAACCUGCUUCUGGCCAAACAGCUGGGAUGACUGUGAACCACCUCUGGCCUGACGGGGCCUGGGGGUGAAACAAGAGAGUGUUGGGCAUUAUAGGCAUUAGCUGAGUUUGGAAGGGCUAAGGGCCGUGUGUGUGUGUGUGUGUGUGUGUGUGUGUGUGUGUGUGUGUUGAAGGGAAGGUACUCCAGAAGUGUAAGUCUGAGGGGGCUGGGAGGAGGAGGAAUAGAAAUGGGAGGAAGGAGAGGAGGGAGAGGAAGGCUGGUGGGGGAUGAGGAAAGGAAGAGAGGGGAGGGAGAGGAGGAGGAGGAGAGGUGGUGGUAUUAGCCUACCCAUCCGAGGCUCUGCAGGUGGCUCCCCCACCAGCCCUUGUCUAAAGGUUGAACUGGUAACACUCUGACAAUGUGUUCUGAUUUUGAAAGACUCACAGGAAAUCCAGAUUUCUGGCUUCUCUGGGCAAGCCCUGCCCCUCCCACUGUGGCACCCCCAACUCAAUCGCACCAGCUGUCCCUUGCCACUCCUCAGCUGUUUGCCCUUGUAACUCUUAACUUAAUAUGACAAUGGAGUCCCUUGUCCAUCCCCCCAACCACCAUGUGCAGUAAAUAUCCCAGGUCUCCUUAAAGGGUCAAGUGCCCCUAUUGUAGGAAGCAGUUGCUCUCCCCCAUCCUGGUAUCCGCCUCCAUAAUCCUGGCUGACCCUGGCCAGGCUGCAGCCCACUGCUAUCCCUGAGAGCAACCACUUCAGCUGUGUUUUCCUGUAGUGCUAUGUGCCAAAGCCUGGCUGCUCAGUUCUGUGUUACGCUGUGUAGAUAAUGCCUUCCCUUGCACAGCACUUUUCACCCUCUUGUUUGUGUGCGUGUGUGUGUGUGUGUGUGUAUGUGUGUGUCCAAGUUUCUAUCCCUAGGAAGUGACCAGUUCGUGGUGCCUGGACCCUCGAGGAUGUAAGAGAAGUUCUGACCUGCCCUCACAGCCCAAACUGGAUAGUCCAACCCUGUAACAGGGACAUACAGAAACUGCAAGGGCUGUGGGUACCUCUUUGUACUCAGAAGCAGCUGUCUCCUUGCUUCCCAGGACCAGUGAUGAUGAAGGGGCGGAUGGAGAAGCAGGCCAGAGUGGCCUGUGACUGGAGAGGAAGCCUCUCUUCAUGUGGGCUGAUGGACUUGGGGUCUGGUGGAAUUCCUGAGUAACCUGUGGCUGGGGAGGGCCCCACGUGUCACCUCUUUCUGCAUAGUUAUAGGUACCUGUCCUUGUGCGCCGUGUGACCCCGGGAUCCUCCAGUGAAACAAAAUGAAGCACCUUUUGGCUGUUGUC